AUGGAGGACGAGAGUGACGACAAGGACGACACAAAAAGAAAAUCUCGAAACCUGAGCGAGAAGAAGAGGCGAGAUCAAUUUAACUCCCUAGUGAAUGAUUUGAGUGCGCUCAUAUCAACAUCAAAUCGGAAAAUGGAUAAGUCAACCGUACUCAAGUCGACGAUAGCAUUUCUGAAGCAUCACAACGAGGCUACCGAUCGUUCGAAAGUUUUCGAAAUACAGCAAGACUGGAAGCCAUCAUUUCUGACCAAUGACGAGUUUACGCAUCUUAUGCUGGAAUCGCUGGAUGGCUUCAUCAUAGUGUUUAGCGGUAUUGGUUCCAUAUGCUAUGCAUCCGAAAGUAUUACACCACUUUUGGGCUACUUGCCGAGUGACCUAGUGAAUAUGACCAUUUUCGAUUUAACCUACGAAAUGGAUCACGAAAGUCUGCUUAAUAUAUUCUUAAAUCCCAAACCGGUGAUCGAGCCGCUACAGACUGACAUCAACUCAAGGAAUCAAAUUACCUUCUAUUUGCAUUUAAGGCGUGGCGGUAUUGACAAAGUGGACGUCAAUGCGUACGAGUUAGUCAAAUUUGUAGGUUAUUUUAGAAACGAUGUGAGUCCGGAAAGCAUACAAGCACAAAAUACUCUUUCGCUGCCGCGCAUCUUUCAAAUGAAUCCCGGUGCUGAGGUAGACAAGAAGCUGAUUUUCGUUGGCACCGGCCGCAUUCAGACGCCCCAGCUGAUACGUGAGAUGUCCGCGAUCGAUCCCACCUGCAGCGAGUUCACCUCGAAGCAUAGCAUGGAAUGGAAAUUCCUCUUUCUCGAUCAUCGAGCGCCGCCCAUUAUUGGCUACAUGCCGUUCGAGGUGCUUGGCACAUCGGGCUACGAUUACUACCAUUUCGAUGAUCUCGAAAGCAUUGUCACAUGCCAUGAGGAGUUAAUGCAGAAAGGCGAGUGCAAGUCCUGCUAUUAUCGCUUCCUCACCAAAGGACAGCAAUGGAUAUGGCUGCAGACAGAGUUCUAUGUGUCGUACCAUCAAUUUAGCUCGAAGCCAGACUACGUUGUGUGCACACACAAAGUGGUUAGCUACGCAGAUGUCAUACGACAAAGUAAGGAUGGGACAAAAAUGGACAAGAGUUCGUCGAUCAACAAUAGCACCAGCAAAUCAUCAACUAUGACGCUGCGCGACCUCGAGACCAGCAACCCAAGCCUGGAUCCUUCCACACUGUCCGCGAGUGAUAGUGGUAAUGUGAUAUUGAGCAUGUUGAACGAAGCCUCGCCUACGCUGGACACAUCGCCGAUAUGGCCAAAUUCCUCCUCAACCACUGGCAUAACUCCCACCACUUUGAAGACAUCGCGUCCCGCCUCCAGCUAUGGUAACAUUAGCUCCACUGGAAUCUCGCCGACGGCAAAACGAAAACGUUACUUUCCGCACAGGCCUGGCAAUGAAUCUGACUCGACAUCUAUGUCUGCGGACUCUGUAACUAGCAAGCAAUCGCUUAUGACGCAUUUGAGUUCGAGUCGACAACGCCAUAGUCAUAGCUCGGGCAUGCAAAUGUCUCAGAGCACAACACAUGCACAGCAGCUGGCCGCAGUCAAUCAACAUCCGCUGCCGCAGCAAAACUCAGCGCUGCAAAUGAGCCAAGCGCAAAGCCAACAGAAGAUCAUGCCGAUGCUGCCGCAGCAUACAAUGGCGCAGGCGCAAAUUGUCACGACUAACGCUUGCCAAUUUACACAGCCCACUUUCCCGCUUCCCAGUUCUCAAAUAGUGGGACCAACUUUUCUGGAACCCUCUCAGUACCUCGCCGCGAUACCGGUGCAGCCGGUAAUAGCGCAGUUUCCAGUUGCUCCGGUGCUAUCUCCGCUGCCCAUUAACAAUCAGGCCGACAUGAUUUCGGGUGCGGUGGUGAUGACACCGACCCAGACCCAGCUGCAGGAUCAGCUCCAGCGCAAACACGAUGAGCUACAGAAGCUGAUUAUGCAACAGCAAGACGAGCUGCGAAUGGUCUCCGAACAGCUGCUGCUGGCGCGCUACAAGCUACUGCAGCCAAUGUUGCCAAUGAAUUAUAAUACGCCCUCCAACAACAACCGCGGAAGUUUCAACUUUGCCAGCGGCAACGCUAUGGAGCAACAAUUUAAUCAGUUCGGCUUCACGAUGAAUACUUCCGAGCAUCUGCAGGACGCGACAAGUCAGCAAAUGCUGAUGCAACAGCAACAGCAACAACAGCACCAACAUCCGCAGCAGCAACACACUAUGCAACACCUGCCGCAGCAACAACAGCAGCAAAUGCAUAACCACAAUCACCAGCAACAGCAACAGCAACAGCCCGCAUUUCAGCCCACCAAUCUGCAUCAUCAUCAACAGCAGCAGCAGCCGAGUCAGCAACAACAAACUGCUCAGCUGCAACACGCGGCAAUCCAGCAGCAGCAACAACCGCCACAGCCGCAGCUACAGCAACAGCAGCAAUUAAAUCUCUUAUCACGCAGUGUACCUGAUCUGGCCCAAUUUGGCCACGAUGACAUCGACGCGUUCUUCAACCUAUCGCCAUUGCCAACUAUGAGCAACACCACCCAGUCGACGCUUAAUCAGCGCAACAACAAUAUCAAUGCGGUGGGCAGCAGUAGUGGACAACAGCAACAGCAGGCGACGCUAAAUCAGAAUUUCAUUAGCAGUGCCAAUCCGCCGCAAACCUCGAAUGACGACUCGCUGCUCACCUACAUGCAAAUGGCCACCGAUGCCAGCCCGACACUCAACUUCCCGAUGAGCAUCAGUGACGAUAGGCCUGAUCCGGCGCAUGGCGAUCGCAUCGACAACAAACUCAUCGGCAGCAAUCAGCCACUGCAAUCAGCGCAACAUCAAAUGCUGGCAACACACCAGCAACAGCAGCAGCAACAGCAGCAGCAGCGUACCAACAAUUUCUUUCCCAGUAAUCCAUUCGAAGCGCUCGGCAAUCAAGUGACCACAAAUCAAUUACCAAACGAUCUGGAAAUAUUGCCUUACCAGAUGUCACAGGAACAGUCGCAGAACCUCUUCAACUCGCCGCAGUCCUCGAGAAAUAGUCAAUAACCUUAAGCUUUAGUUUUAGUUAGAUUAUUAGUAGUUGCCUAGAUACAUUUAGUUGGGUGCGAAUGUGCGAGUGUGCCUGCUUUGUAAAUAGGGAUGUGAGCAAUUUUAGUACGGUAAAGUUUAAAUGAGCAGUAUUGUGGAUUUCCUGCGGUAAAACGGGGCACCUCAUCCAGUACUUUGUAUGUGGACCCGUUUCAAUGCCCAUAAAUGGUGCAAUUUAUGAAGUUUUUUCCUACAGCAGCCGGGUCCAUUAUUUCGAAGGCAGCUACAAACAGUUAAUGCCAUGGACCCAAGUUUUAUUGCAGGUUGC